GAUUUGCUGGCCACUCUGCAGCACUCACAAUUUCAGGCAAAAUACCAUUAUAUUGCGUGGGGAUGGAGUUGUCGUGGCAAGUCUUGGUGUCACCAAGUUUCAAUAGCGCUCUUGUAACCUAUUUAUUCGGCUUUUGCAGUACUUCGUCUAUUCCAGUGUUUGUGUCUCUUCACCGCUCCUGGCGAGCGAUCAUAAAGGCUAAAGAAUUUACAGCUGCAUUCACAAUCACUCUUUCGUAUUCCGACAACCACUCACCUUGGAAUCGGCAGCAUGAGCUUCUUUGGUGGCGAUCAGAAGCAAGGCAGUGCCAAUGCCUGGGGAGGGUUCUUCAAGCAAGCCAUUUCCUCUGUCGAGACUAGAUUCGACAGUCUGCUUGAUCAGGAUGCCACAGGUUUAUCAAAUAAGAACAAUGGAGAUGCCCAAGAUGAAGAAACAUUUACCGACACGUAUGUCGAUCCCGACAGUGGUAUGGUGACAACUAUUCAACGUAAACGACCAAAAGCGUCAACCGCUACGAAACCGGUAGAUUCAACCAAGGCACCUGAGUCUCCUAAAAGCAACGCCCAAGGAAAGCUCCCCAGCAACCAACCGGCAUCACGUUCAGCUACAGACCUCUCAGCACGAUUAGCGGCAGUCAUGUCGGAAAAGGCGGGAAGGCCGUCUAGUCCAUCGAAUUCAGGACGAUCUACACCUAAACCGACCACCAAAGAUGCUAUUUUAACCUCACAAGCUAAAUCUUCAAGCGAAAUGAAGGUAGAGAAAGACGAUGAUGUUUCUAAAUCAGAAGAAGGAGAGCAGCCUUUGGUGGAAACGGAUGGGGAACAAGCGAUUGUAGACAAACAACAAGAUAUUUCCUCUGGCGAGGCGGAAACGGAACCUGAAACGACUGCCACUGACAAUGCACCAAAUGUUGGAGAAGAAAACGAACCCCAAAGCACUGAGCCUGAACAAACAGAAGAUAAUACAAUACCCAUAGCGGAAGAAGAGGAAAACAGCGAAAUUGAAGAUACCACACCGCAGCCUCUCCCCGAACCUACGAGCGCAGCAGUGGAGGACAAUACACCCAAUGAACAUGAAGCCAGCGAAGUGACCGUAGAAGUUAAGGCGAAUGAAGAAUCUACGGAAACUACAGCUGAACAUGAAGCUUCACGAGAAAUUACAGAAUAUGUGGAAGAGAAACCGUCCGAGAGUAUCGACAUUCAGAAAGACAAGCCUGAGACCAUCAUGGAACCAGAAGACAACGACACAGAGGAAGCAACGGUGUUGGUACCCGAUACAUCAGCUUCAGUUCCCAAAGAAGACAAUGCAGCCAGCGCAAAUGAAGACGAAAAAUGGAAUGCCAUUAUACGACAACGAGAAGAGCAAGUCUUGAGCGUCAUGAAGUCCAAUGCUGAACUGCACGAACAAUUGCACCAAUUACAAGAUUCAAGCGACGCAGAAAUUUCUCGCUUGAAAUCCAAGAUCGACGAACUCAUGAGCAGCAAGAGCGGAAAUAAAGUGGUGGAUGACUUACGCUCUCAGCUGGCAGGGAAGGAUACUCAGAUUCAAGGUCUCAUGGCAGAAGGAGAGGCGCUAUCCAAGAGGGAGCUAAAGCACAUGAAUGCUCUGAAAAAGCUGCGUGCUGACAAGCAAGAAUCUGACAAGAGUGUACAGGAUCUUCAGAAGAAGAUAGAGAAGGGUUCCAGCGACCUCAUUGAAGCCAAUGCAAAAGUUGCGAGAAUGACUGAAACCGAAAAGAAGAACAGCGGUAUGUAUUGUAUUUAGCAUUGUGCGCGUGAUGGAUCAAUUUACCUAAUAUCUUGAAUCAAUGGAUUGACAGAAUCGUUGAAAAACGCAAAUAUUGCAACUAAUAAACAACAAAAGACGAUCGCACGACUUGAGAAAACCCUGGAAGACACAAAGAGUGAAUUGAAAGCCAGUCAGGCACAACUGGAACAAGUGCAGAAGGAGUUGACGGAUGCUAAGGAGAGCGGAGAAAUGGAAGCUUCAGCAGCCCAUGCAGCAGCUUUAGAAAAAGAAUUGAAAGCAAAUGACCGACUUCA